AUGGCUGCACCCGCCAGACCCGCCGACGAGACACUCCCGCCAGGCUCGCUCCGGCCAUACGACCACGCCCGGGACAACAAGUAUCUGAACUUCCUGGUCGGCUCAGCGAUCCUCUCGCGCACAGCGCCGGCCAACCAGGCUCUGUUCUGGUCCAACCCGCUCGUCUACCUCUGGACGAUCCUCUUCACCCUCUACUUCGCACUCAACCGGCUCCUCCUGCGGCCCGACACCUCCUCAAGCGGCCUCUCCGCCAUCAUCAUCAGCUUCCCGUUCCUCUUCGCACCCCCGCUUAUCUUACUCGUCCUCCUCAACCGCGCCAAUCGAUCUCACUUCCAUUCCCUCCUGGUCCAGACCCUCAGUCGGAGAGACCUCAGAGACCCAUCCGCAUACUAUCAUGGAUCGGAUCCUGGAGAUAGCGCUCCCGAUCACCAGGAGCUUCACUCGGAGAUAUGGGUUCUAGACUAUGAUGGCCGCCAGCUAGGCAUCGUCGCGCUGGAUGUCGAUCUAGAGGGAUACGAGGAACUAGGCAGCCCGUCGGUCGGUCAUCAGACGGUCUUGGUGCGCCAUCUGGCAAGUGCGCCCGACUUCCGGCCAGCGGGGAUCGACGUCGAUCUCCUCGAACACGUUCGGCGACGCGUCUUCACUACAUACCCAUCUUUUGCUCGCAUCGCGAUCCCUAUCCUCUCCCCAAUCGACCCUUUCCUCAAAUCUGCACUCAACCAGCUUGGCUUCAGGCCGCUCCCCACCAGCCAAAGCCAGACCUCCUCCAACUCACUCAAAUCCUUGCUCGGCCUCCUUGGAUGGCCUGAUUGCCCUUCCAGGUGGCCUCAACAGAUCUGGAUCCUCGAACGUGAAUCCUCUCAGUCAGAAAGCCACGAUGAAUAA